AUGAAAAUAAAAAUAAAAGAAGAGAUACCACCGCCAUUACUACCACCAUCGCAAUCUUCCGCUGUAUCGGAAAAUUCGGAAGUUCCGGGCUUCCAUUUUUUAUCACACGAAUAUUUUGAAAAAACAAAUCACGAUAGCAUAAACGAAAUAAUUGAUAAUCUACCAAAAGCGAGAUCGGAUUUAUUAGAGUACCUGGUUAAAAAUGAUGGUACGGUCGUGUGUAAAUGGUGCGGAGAAGUAUUACCCUCGAGAACUCAUUGGUACAGGCACAAAUAUAAACUACACGUACCGACAGCGGGUCUUCCUGCGGGUUUAAUCAAUAGCAAAGGUUACGUCGGACAUUGCGUGUCACGUCACGGAAGCGUUGAAGAAGCCGAAAAAGAAGAGAAAAAAGACGAUGAAGAAUCAUCAUCAUCUCAAAUGAUAAUAAAAGAAGAGAAAUUAGUUUUGGUAGAAGAAGAAGAAGAUGAAGAAGAAGUGGUAGAGGAAGAGGAUGAGGAGGAUGAGGAGGAAGUGGAAACGAUGGAUGUGAAAGUUGUGACGGAAAGAAUUGAAAAAGAAGAAACGGAAUAUAGGAAAAGAUCGUAUAAAUUUAUAGAAUCGUGCGGUAGAACGAAUAGACAAAAGAAAAACAUGACGAAAGAUGAAAAAAAAGAAGAUUAUUUAAAACAGAGAGAAAAAGAAGAGAAAUUAGUGGCCGACAUAAUAGCUAAAGUUAAAAAAGAAUGCGAAGAUAAAAGUAUAACCAUGUGCAGGAGAGGAUAUUCAAGAAGAUCUACCGUUAUGACGUCAUUCCGGGAAUACGAUAAGAGAAAGUAA